ACAUUUUCUCCCGGAGAUUUCUUUGAGCCCAUGUCCACCACCAGAACCCAAAGGCCCAGUGAGUAACGCACAGGCGCAAGGGCUCUCUCCCUCAUUACAACAUAGCCGCCGGAUCGCAUUAAUUGGACCGCUGGCGCCGAAUCGAUGCCAGCCCGCCUCUGAAAUUAAUAAAACCAGUGAUAAUCUCAACCUCGCCCACGGCCACCAGGCCAAUACACAACACUCCCUGACUUUCGUGCAUGGGAUGGGCCGCCAACACUGAUUUCUGCUCCGCUUAGACUGUUGUUUAGGUAGCCCAUUUUUUGCACGACUGCUGUUUUCCUGGUGCCAGGCCGUCUCUACACGCUUCCCGCACCCAUCUCCACCUGGAUCUUCCUUGCCGUGUAUUUGAUGCGACAACCCCUGUUGUUUAUCACUGCACCAGCAACCCCGGGACAGACAAGCAACAACAUUGCAUUCAUAUUCGACUAUUUGGGCUGCCAGCACACGUACGUUGCGGAGCGUCAUCGACUCGGCCUUUUCCCAUCAUAAAGUGCUGCUUGGACGGCUUCACCGAACACGUCCGCUGCUGCUCUCGCCGACCGACCGAUCGCAACUUUCCCUUCGUCACACCUCGUCACACCUCGUCACACCGUCAAGAUGCCUCAAACUCCGGGACACUCGCGCAAUCAUUCGGGCGUUGACGGCUCGUACCAGUACAACAGCGUCAACUCCUCCCCUCUGAAUAGACGAACAUCGAGGUCCUCCGCCGAUCCCGCAACGCCCUUGCGCAGCAGCUUCAACAACCAAGACGCCCUGGAUAUCUCAUAUGCGAGCGGAGGCAUGGACGGAGGCAACGGACUGGGCAAUCUUGCAGAUGAACUGGCCGACGCCUUCUCUGACUCUGAAGACGAAGGAGAAUACUACGAGGAAGAGACAAACAACGACGAGAACAACGGAAGUGGGACACCAAACAUUAAUGUUGAAGAAGCCACCUUUGAAGGAAUAAGGGACAGCGGGGUCGAUGUUGCAAGUCUCGGCGAAGCCGGCGGCAAGGGGAAGAACUUCAAUCUGGGGCCACCACCAGCCGCUCAACGCGGCCAUCGACGAAGCGGGAGUGAAUAUGACGGAAGCGAAUAUGGAUCCGAGUCUGAUCUUGACUCUCCCGGCAUGCUGCCCAGUCUCGUUGCCAAGAUGGAUGCUGUCGAGUCUUUGGCGAGGAGGGGUACUGAGAGUAAUGGAGGACCUACGGAUGGUGUCUUCAGCCGGGUAACGGAGGGCUUGAGAGACUUGGGCUCGCAAGCCGGCGUCGAGGGCAGUGCGACAAGACUUAUCACCGCUCAUUCUGCCCUUACUACCCACUUAACUCAUCAGACCCGGCAACUACACAACUUGACCUUCCCGCUCCUUUCUCCACUCGUGCCACCGCCGGACUCGGAGACCAUCGAUGAGCUGCUACCCCUUUUGAUCGAGCUAUCCGAAUCGAUGCCGCGACCAACAACGAAAGCCUACGACUCCCUCACAGCCCUCCACACCCUCACCUCGGACCUCGUCCAGAGCCUCAACUACCUCUCAGACACACUGCACAUGUCCAGGCAAACAACCACAACGGCCACGCGUCGGUUGAAGAGCGCCAAAGAGCUGGUGGCCGAGAUCAAGAGGGAAGAAGAGCUCCGGGAGGAGGGUGAGAGGUGGAUCAACCGAGGUAACUGGAGCGAAAGGUUGGCCAACCGCGAGUGCGCCGGCGUAUGCGGAGAUGUUGUCGGAGGGUUCGAGGAAGUAUGCAACAGCUGGCGGGCACGCCUGCUGGAGCAAGCCGGCGCUGCACAGGCUUGAGUACGUUUAUAUGCGCCCUACGAGAUGGAAGGUCUGAUAGGGACGACUGGGGUUACUGCCAGUGCGGGUUCGAGAGGCGGAUUACUCACGUUCCCAGAGGUUGGCUAAUACUGGAUAUUGAGGUCUGGGUCAGGCGGGCGAUAGAAAUCAAGGGCGUGCUUUUGGGUAGAUCCGGGAUCUUUGGCGGA